CUUUUGCGUUCCGACAAGAUGAAGUUCAUUGCCAUCGUCGCCGCUGCUGUCGCUGCCUGCGCCCUGACCGUCUCCGCUGAUGUUGCCACUGGUCCCGUGUGGGGCUACCGUGCGAACGACGCCAGCAUGGUCAACACCGACAAAUGGGCCGAUAGCUGGGCGACCUGCGGUGGCAAGCGUCAGUCCCCCAUCGACAUCAAAACAUCUACCAAGUCUGGCAAGGGCAAGAAGCUCCCGCUCAGCUUUACCGGACGAUGCCCUCAGUACAACCUGACGGCACCUGCUGAGCCGCUUGAGGUCGACGUUGUUGGAGGCAGCUGCGCUGUCGCAGUGAACGAUGCCUCGUACAACAUGGCUCAGUUCCACUUGCACGCUCCCUCGGAGCACACGCUGAACGGCAAGGCUUUGGACGGCGAGAUCCACUUCGUCCACAAGUCUGCGGAUGGCAAGGCUCUCCUGGUCAUCGGUUUGUUCCUGCAGGUCGGCCCCAAGUCGGACCCGUGGCUGGGCCCCGUGCUUGACGCUCUUGAGCAUGUCAACUCGACUGAUGAGCGCUCCGCGGCGGUCGUGGUGCAGCUGAAAUCGUACUCGAAUCUGAUCCGUCAAGCCAGCAAGCACUGCGGUGUCUACAACUACCCGGGCAGCCUUACCACCCCUGGUUGCGAUGAGACUGCCGACUGGUGGGUGGUGCAGGACCCGAUCAAGAUCUCGUCUAUCGACUUUGGUCGUCUUCACCAGGACCUGGUUGAGUACCACAUCACGGAUAACGGCAACAACGCGCGCCCGGUGCAGCCUCUGAACGGCCGUAAAGUCACGCGUUACAACUAAGAGCCUGCGAGAUACCAUCUCACUACAGUAGACAUUUUUGCUGACACUUCACUACAUCGUAGAAUACAAUCCG